AUGAAGGAGGCCUCCAUCCUCUUCCUCCGCGCCUGCCUCGCGCUGCUGGUCCUGCCCAUCCGCAUCCUGGCCGCGGUGGGCCUCUGGCAGCCGUUCUGCAGGAGGCUUUUCUUCCCCUUCUUCUUCACCCGGUUCAGCGCCGCUUACGAGAGGGAAGCGAAGGGGCUGAAGCAGGAGCUGUUCCGCAGCCUCCCCGCCUUCAGGAGCCCUUCCGGAGACCUGAAGCUGCUGGAGCUCGGCACCGGCCCCGGAGUCAACUUCCAGUUCUAUCCCCCGGGAUGCAGGGUCACCUGCAGCGACAGCAACCCCGGCUUCCAGCGGAGCCUCCUGCGGAGCAUGGCCCGCAACCAGCACGUCCGCUACGAGCGGGUCCUCGUGGCCGCAGGGGAGGACCUGCGGCCGGUGCCCAGCGCCUCGCAGGACGCCGUGGUCUGCACCCUGGUGCUCUGCUCCGUGCCCGACGGGAGCCGCGUCCUGGGGGAAGCGCUGCGGGUGCUGCGGGAGGGAGGCGCCUUCUACUUCCUCGAGCACGUGGCCGCCGACCCUUGCAGCUGGAAGCACUUCUGGCAGCGGGUCUGGCAUCCCACCUGGAAACUCCUCUUUGACGGAUGCUGCCUCACGAAGGAGACGUGGAAGGCUCUCGAGGAGGCCGACUUCUCGGAGCUGCACCUCCAGCACACCACCGUGGCGCUGCCCUGGACUCCCACGCACCCUCACAUCAUGGGCUACGCUGUGAAGUAGCUCGGCGCCCUGCCGGGCCUCCUCUGCGUCCCUACAAC